AUGGAUGGUAUCGCUCCGAAGGCUAUUAUCACUGAUCAGGAUAGAGCGAUGAAAAAUGCAAUCGUAAUUGUUUUCCCAGAAACCCAGCAUAGAUUUUGUCUUUGGCAUAUACUAAAGAAAGUCUCCGAGAAGCUUGGCUCAUAUAGUUCGUACAAAACUGGGAUGAAAAAUGCAUUGAUGAAAUGUUUAUAUGACACCCAACUUGUUGAUGAGUUUGAAAAAUGUUGGAAUCAGUUGAUUAACACUUACAACUUGCAUGGGAAUGUGUGGUUGCAAAGCUUAUAUGUUGAGCGUGAACAUUGGGUAUCGACAUUUCUGAAGGAGUGUUUUUUGGCUGAAAUGAGUACAAUGCAGCGAAGCGAGAGCAUGAAUGCAUUUUUUGAUAGUUAUGUUCAUUCUAGGACAAACUUGAAGGAGUUUGUAGACCAAUUUGAUAACGCGUUGAAAAAAAAGAUUGAGAAUGAAAAUUUUGCGGACUUCCAAUCAUUUAAUGUCAGAAUCCCCUGCAUAUCUAGAUCUUCGAUUGAAAAGAGGUUUCAAGAGUUGUACAUGAAUGCUAAAUUUAAGGAAGUUCAGCAGCAAAUCAAUGGCAUCAUUGACUUGAAUCCAAAGUUACAUAAAAGUGAUGGUGCAGUAAAAAUAUAUAUGGUAGAGGAUGAAGUUUGUUUGGAAGAGUUCACUAAGCUGGUUACCCAUUUUGUGGACUUUAGUGACAAAGAUGCAGUAGCAAAGUGCUCUUGUGGAUUAUUUGAGAUGAUGGAGAUAUUGUGUCGGCAUAUUUUGGUCGUAUUCAGGUGUAACGAUAUUAAAUUUUUGUCAAAAAUGUACAUUUUAGAUCUAUGGAGGAAGGAUAUUAAAAGGGGAUACAUAUUAAUCCACAGCAGCUAUGAUGGAGGGGAACAACGGGCAGAUUCUAAUAGAUAUUCAAGUCUUUUAAAUAUUUGUUAUUAG